GUUAUUGCUGGGAUGUAAACGCGAUCACCAUCCAGCGCCGUGAAUACCUGCGGCCGCCUCCAUUCUCACCCUCUCCCCCAUUCAUCCGUUCAUCUGCUUUACUGUGCUGCACCACGUUUCCCGUGCUGCCUGCACCGGAUCAGUCUGGGAUAGCGCAACACUCCACGAGAGGUCCAUUUUGGGCACGGUUCACUUUUUCUUCCCAAGCACCAAGCGGCGUUGACAAAUCUAACGCAAGAACAUCAGGUAGCGUCCGCCGGUCGGACGGCGGUGACUCAUCGCGCGCAGUCGGCGAGUCAAGGUGCUCGCAUUUUGCGCUUCGCUGGGGAAGAUCGAUACCUCCAAGACCCCAUAGUCUGGUUGGAAGGCGUGGCCUGGUGUCACCGACACAGCGUUGAUUUUCCAUAUUCAUUUGUAGGCUUUGGGCUCGUCUCGGUGACACGGACGCGCCGACGGCACCCCACGGCACGGGACACAGCGCGUCUGUCAAGGGUCUUCCUCAAAGGUACUGGUAGCAUAUUCUGUUUGCAUCUUUGGAUUACGGCAAUAUUUAAAGACUGAGACUCUGAUUCCGGCAUGGGAACGAACCCAAAAAGGACAGUGACAGUCCAGAUGGUGCCUCAGCUGGCUGUGGUUGACACGCUGAGCAAUAAGGAGCCCAAUGCCAACUUCACUAAAGAGCCCAACCUCAAACUCUCCAAGGUCUGUCCAAAACCCAGCCUCACAUCUCCCGAUCACUUGCCUCCGACAGCCGCUCCCGCUAACGUCGGCUCGCAAACCCAGAAAACAGCCUCCACGAGAGGUGAACCGGAGCCCACGCCCGUCCCAGCCAAUAGGAACCAGAGGAUGCCGGAGCACGUGACCGGCGGGGACCAACAGACGCCAGACCUGUCUGGGGCAGGCCAAGGUGUGGGCCGGACGGAUUCCAACGCUAACAUGAACGUGUGGAGCCCAGCUGAGGAGCAGGAUGUCUGUAAGGCCGGUUUGCCGUCCGCCGCUCCGGCACCAAAGGUCAGCGUGCAGGCCGGCGUCUGCAGGGUCCAAAUGCCAAGCGCAGCAGAGGAGUGUGCGAAGCCCACGGGCUCCGCCAGAGCCGCGGAACCGGAGGACAGUAGUAAACACGCUUCUCCAAAUAAUACAAACCCAAACGCCUGUGAAUCAAAGCAAACAGCAUCUCCACUCCAGCAGGAUAAUGAAGGGAUCCAGUCUGCUUCCACACACAAGAAGUCUAAUGAGCCUGAUCAUAAGCAAAGUUCCUCACAAAGCUCUGUGAGUCUGCAGGAAAGUACAGAAGCUGCUCCUCCACCUCCAUGUGAGAGCAAAGACAGGGCAGGGAGCAAUUCUGCAGAGAGCGAUUCAACUUCAACCCUCCCAGAGAAGGAUGUGCAACCAGCAACGAGGCCACCGGUGUCCUCAGACGAGCAUCAGCCCGUGUGUGCGCUGAAGGAGUCGGCGGAGCCGCGGGCUGCACCGACCACACCGGCACGGGCCCAGGACGCGGGCCCGACGGACACAGCGGGCGCUGGAGCUCAGCAGCAGCAGCAGCAGCACGACAAGCUCCACAAAGAGGCUUCAACCAUGACCUCACCCCCCACAGCCAGGCAGUGUCACGAUAUGGAGGUUCAGGCAGUGGUUGCCGUGUGCAGCAAGGCCGUGUCCACCAGUCCCAGCCUGCUGCCCCCCGCCGCGGCCCGCACGCCCAGCGCCGGCGCCGGCGCCGGCGCCGCCCCCCGGGAGGACGCCAUGAGGCUCACCGUGGAGGCCGAGAUGUGCCCCGGCCACAGCUCAGGCCUGCGCUUCUACCCGGAGACGCUGGCUGUGGAGCAGCACGCGCGGCUGGGGGCCAAGCCCAAAGAGCCCGGCUCGGCUCUGUGCAGCAUCCAGCCGGUUUAUCAGAUCAACAUCGAGCACAGCGACCGCAAGGGGAAGAAGGAGACGGGUGAUUCCCAGGACAGAAGAGAACUUCAGACGUCUACAGCAAAAACGACCGCUGCCGAGGCUUCGAGUCUCAAAUCAGGGUCCCCCCCAGAGACAGAGUCUGGAUCAGCUGACAGUAAAAACGCUGCUACAGCGAAGUCCAACCAGGCUCUGCCCUCAACCACGGCACCACCGCCACACGCCGCCGCCAAAAAGAAGGGGGACGCUUCUAAAGACGCGCGCAAGGAAGCCGCGAGUAAAGCCAAGACUAAGGAGACGAGCUCCAAGAAACAGAAGGUCGAGCCGGAGCGAAGCCCGGAGGACGAGGAGCAGCCGGAGAAACAGGGAAAGGGAAAAAGCGUCCACGACGUGGUCUGGGACGAGCAAGGGAUGACCUGGGAGGUGUACGGCGCUUCCCUGGACCCGGAGUCGCUUGGCUUCGCCAUCCAGAGUCACCUGCAGUGCAAAAUCAAGGAGCAGGAGAGGAAACUGAUCGCCCAGACCUCCAUCCGGAAGUCGGUCUCCGGCUCGCCGCAGAACGGCCGCAAGAAGAGGAGGCACCCCAACAUUUUCAGGUCAAUGCUGCGCAACGUCAGGCGGCCCAACUGCUGCGUGCGCCCCCCCCCUCCUCCGUCCUCGAGUAGCUCUGCGCCGGCGCAGCCCGUGUCAGACGCCCCCGUCCCCAGAGCUGGAAACGUCCUCCUCCGUCCGCGAGUGCGACGCCGCGCCAGGCGCCGGCGGGGCGGCGAUCCCGCCAGCGAGUCCGUCCACCGGAAUGUUGUAGCAUAAAGAGUCGCCGUGUCUGUGAAGUGUGUGAAGGAAGGUAGGAAAUAGACAAGUAUGAACAAAACCAUGUAUUUUCUAGAAAUAGAUAUUAUAAACAGAAAAAAAAACCUUUUGACAGUUUUUAAAUAAUCAAUGCAAUAAUAGUGAAAUGCACGUAUAUUAGUUCCACAGCCGGUUCCAGACGUCACGGACCGUGGGUAGACAUAUUACUUACUGUCAGAGUAUUAGCGCACACAUAUUAAACCAGCAUCCCAUUGGGUACAGUAUGUUUGUGAGGUGUCUGGGGACCUCAUGUGACGCCGUAGUUACUUCUCAUGCCCAUUUAUUCUUGGUGAUUCAUUUUGUUGUGGAACAAAGCGACUGUAUGCAAACGUGCGCUGUUCAACUCCUGUUCUUUGGUUUGAUAUUAAAACAACAAAACAAACUCA